AUGCAGGAUGGAGCCGCAGGGGCUUCGAAUUUAGUGGAUUCUCCAUCCCCGAUUUGCCGUCUUUGGGUUUCUCUAGCGAUCGCUCACUCCCUGCUUGCUACUGCGGGCGGAACAGAGUGGGAGGGACGUCCGUACACGACCGUUAGAGAGCUCAAGUUAAAACACGGCCAGCUGCUUCCGUGGUCGCAGGAAUUACCCUCGCAGCCCCGUGAGAAGUGA